CAGGUUAUGGGAAGCUGGCAAAAAGCAGCUGGAAACAUAAGAGUCACGUAGACAACAAUAAAGAAGGAAGCAAUAAAGAAAGCAUGGCGGAAGCACAAGAGGUCGACAAAAAGAAACGAAAGAAGAAACGUUCUUACAUACAAAUGGCGAAGAAAGUUGCCCGUCAGAGAAACUUUGGCAAUGACCUGGACAAAGAUAUCUAUCUGUAUCUAAUUCGUAUUCUUGAGUUAAUACGUAAUGAUUCACCCUCGACCGAAGAGAAGACUAUGCUCGCACAAAACGUCUACCAGGAGAUAUCUGGUCGUGAGAUCGUAUGUGCCUGUAAUCAAGUUGGAUCUCGCAUCAUAGACUCUCUGCUGAAGUACGCUAACUUGGAAGCCAUUCAAAAGCUAACUCAGGCAUUGGAGUCUUCUCUGAGGCGAUUGAGCAGCGACAAAUUCGCCAGUCAUAUUUUACAGAGGAUAAUAAUAGUCUGUGCUGACAGAGGCAACAGAGACUCUGCGUCAAACGCAAAGAAUGCCGCUCGUAAUAAAACAAAUACGAAAUCAAAGAAUGCUGUUGAUACUGUUAUGGAUAUUGAGCCAUCUGAAGUGCAGUCUUACAACAAUAUUGUUCUAAAACUGAGCAAAUAUGUUCUCAAUAAUAGUGAGGAGUUUGUAUUUGACAUUUAUGCUAAUCAUGUUUUGCGAACAGUCAUAGAAUGUCUAGCAGGAUUAAUUGAGGAUCCUGGCGAAGGUAAUAAGAAGUCUGCCAUGCCGGAUCUCACAAAAAGACGUCCUGUAAUACAAGAAUAUAAAGACUUGCUGAUACAAAGUUGCGAUCGAUUGCAGAAAUGGCCACAAUUCUGUGAGUUUGGACGAGACCAAUUAACUUCCGGUUUAGUACAAUGUAUUUUGUAUUCUCUAAAAGAUAUUGAUUCAAAUUUAGUGAAAAUUAUCAUCAAAAAGAUUAGAACCAAAUGUUUUAAAACAGGAGAAGACAAGAAGUUACCAAACAUAUUUCAUUCAGAAUAUUCUAUCAGGAUACUGGAAGCGUGCCUGGUAGUGGCACAGCCGAAAACCUUCCAAAAAUUAUAUAAUACCUUUUUUGCUGAAAAUUUAGAAUAUUUGUGUUCAACGCAAAAUACCAAUUUCAGCGUGCAAAAGUUAUUAGAUUAUUGUGUUACUAAGGAAAUCUUUGAAGAAAUAUUUGACAAAAUAAUAGAAUACUUUCCAAAAAUUCUCAAACUUGGUUUUACCGGGAUAUUAGUCAGCGCGGGAAAUGCAUGCUUGAGAUUGCAGACAAAACAAGGUCCAUUUAUCAAUGCAAUGAUCGACGUAUUAAAAUGCGGCGCAUCCUCAGAAGAUCAAACGCAGCUUGUACGAUGUGUAAUAACUUUAAAAAAACCCUCUCAACUGAAGGUUCAAUCAAAUAAUUCACAAGUAUCUCCCCAUUUACAUGGAAGUUUAAUAAUACAAGCCAUAUUGAAGUUCAAUAAACCAAUCAAAGUUGUGAAUUCUUUGUUAGAAAUGAAUAACGAAGAGUUACUACAAUUAUUUGACGAUCCAAAAGGCAGUCGAAUCCUGGAUGCUUUCAUGGACAGCAAAUAUAUCGGCGAGAAGAGCAGAGAAAAAUUAUGCAAAAAGUUGCACGGCAUUUGGGAAGAAUUAGCUAAAAGUACACAUGGAUCUAGAUGCGUGGAUAAAAUAUGGGCAUGGGCACGCAUAAAUCAAAAAAUUCUUAUUAUGGAGGAGUUAGCUGCAGCUGGGCAAUCUUUAAGUUCUACGAAAUCAGGCAAGAUUAUUUCCAUGAAAUUAAAUGUCUCCUUGUUUGCGAGAGGUAAAAAGGAGUGGAUGCAAAUACAAGAGAAAGAUGAGAAGACUAAAGCAAUGUUUACAAAUAUUAUUGGAAAGACCUCUAAGGAAAAUUAAAUUUG